GGUUUCGAUGGCCUAGAAGGACCAAAACAGCAUUUCCGGGAAGAUGGCGGCACAUACGUCCGGUAUGGCACAUGUUUCAGCAGAGAGGACCCCGCAAUGACGGAUGAUAUCACCUCUUCUUCCCUGGUGAGAGUUUGAGGACAGACGCUUUUUUCUCACCAUGAGUGUCACCCCAGAGGUCAAGAGUCAUGGGAUGAAGUUUGCUGAGGAGCAGCUGCUAAAGCAUGGAUGGACUCAAGGCAAAGGCCUGGGCCGGAAGGAGAAUGGCAUCACCCAGGCUCUCAGAGUGACGCUGAAGCAGGACACUCACGGGGUGGGACAUGACCCUGCCAAGGAGUUCACAAACCACUGGUGGAAUGAGCUCUUCAACAAGACUGCAGCCAACUUGGUAGUGGAAACUGGACAGGAUGGAGUACAGAUAAGGCGCCUUUCUACAGAGACCACCUGUCGUAAUCCUCCCAAGCCCAACUUGCUGUAUCAGAAGUUUGUGAAGACAGCCACCCUGACUUCAGAUGGAGAGAAGCCAGACAAAGACAUGGAGAGCUGCAGUGAUGUCAACAACCAGAGACCCAAGCCCCCAAAGAUUCUGACGGAUGAGAUGCUGCUCCAAGCCUGUGAGGGGCGAACAGCACACAAGGCUGCCCGUCUUGGGAUUACGAUGAAGGCCAAACUUGCUCGGCUGGAGGCCCAGGAGCAGGCCUUCCUGGCUCAUCUCAAAGGCCAGGACUCUCAGGACUCUCAACCACAGUCAGAGAGCAAGCCCCCCAAAAAGAAGAAAAAGAAAAAGAAGCACAAAGAGGAGGAAGAGCCUACAGCACCUGAAAGGAAUGCAGAUGAGAAGCACCCAGAACACACUGACCAGAGGAUCAGGAAAAGCAAGAAG